UGGAUAGAAAAGAAAGGGCAGUUUUGUAAAAUUUGGACUUAAACUAAGUUUUUCCCUUUUUUUUUUCCCCUUCCUUCCUUCUUUGGCCCUAACCAGUAUUUCGCACUUGGACCAAUUAUCCUGGCUAAUGCACUGGAGCGUUCCAAAUUCAAGUGUGAUCUGAUCUCGACAUCUACAACUGAUCUUGGUGCUCCUAUCCUUUCUCUUCUCGUCUUGUAUUUUGUCAUACAGCGAGGAAGUUCGCCAUGAAGUAUCGUUAUGCAAUGGUUUGCUCAUCCAACCAGAAUCGAAGCAUGGAGGCUCACUCUAUCCUCAAAAGCAAAGGCUUCAACGUUUCAUCCUAUGGCACUGGGGCUCACGUGAAGCUUCCUGGACCUUCUCUCCGAGAACCCAAUGUAUACGACUUUGGUACCCCGUACAAGCACAUGUUCGAUGAUCUCCGUCGAAAAGAUCCUGAACUAUAUAAGCGUAAUGGCAUUCUGCCCAUGCUCAAAAGAAAUGCCACCGUCAAAACGGCUCCUCAACGUUGGCAAGAUAAUGCCGCGGACGGUUCCUUUGACGUGGUAUUUAGUUUUGAAGAAAAGGUUUUUGAUAUGGUUAUUGAAGAUCUCAACACCCGUGAUCAUGGACUGAUGAAAACUGUACUGAUUGUAAAUUUGGAGGUGAAAGAUAACCACGAGGAGGCAGCUAUAGGAGCUCGCCUUACUUUUGAUCUUUGCCAGGAGAUUGAACGGACUGAAUCAUGGGAAGGUACCAUAGAUGACAUCGUGAUUGCCUUCGAGAAACAGCACAGAAGAAAGCUGUUGUAUAGUAUUUCUUUUUACUGAAGAAAGCACGAUCCUACUGGAGUAUGGAAUAUGAUCUGCAAAUUUUCUGCGAUCAGAUGAUGGUUGUGCGUGGCCACGGUUUUUUAAAGCUGUUACUUCUUUCUAAGGAAAAGCAGCAGUUUCUUUAAGCCUAAUGAUUGGCACUUUAUUCGGCUGAUUUUGUAUACUUCGAAAAAAAUAAGUAGCUAAAGAAGGAAAACGGUAAGGUGUUGGCGGUAAUGGAGUCUUCUGACAUUGAAUAUUUGCUAUUUUUUUAGUUUUAUUUUCUUAUUUAAAAAUGGAAAGAUAAAUAAUAUCUAAUAAUUGGACCAGUUUCA